AUGUCAAAAAAGAAUCAAAAGGUACUUAUUCAAAUUGACGAAGCAACGCGAAGAAAAUAUAUAGAAAUUCACUUGAAUGAUCAACAUAUAAAAUCAACAUCAAAAAGAAGCUUUAAAGCUUUAUUAGAUAAAUCGAAAAUUGCAGAGAAACCACCAGAUGUUCAAGAUGUUCAAACAUAUUUAACAGUGGCAGCCAAACCAUCUAGAUAUCCUCUAAGGAAAUUUUGUUCAGUGCGUGUAUUUGUCUCAGCUUAUGCUUGUAAAAAAUGUGGAAUGAAAUAUUGUAGCUUAAAGAAACAAGAUGUUUGAAAUAUACUAUCGUCU